GUCCUAUUCCAGGCCAGCCCAGGCUGGGGGCACAGGUCAGGGAUAACCAGUCCAGUUGGCAGGUGGGGCCACCCAAAGGGUGGCCAGACAGUCUGGGGACAGAGCCCUGGUGAGGAUUGCAAUGUCACUCCCAAAACCGGGGCUGGGGUGCUUCUCACCCCUACCUAUUCUCGUGCAUCUCUGGUUUCCUGUCUUACCAUCAGGGAGAUCCCAGUGCCUAUCACCCUACGUCACUUCUUGGGCUCAGAAAGCAAAAGGAGGGGAAGAGCCUGGGGCAUCUCAGAUGCUAGCUGGGCUCAGCCCACUGAGACUGGGCUUGUUCUCGGAUGCUGCCACCUCCCCCACCCAUGCCAGACUGGGCCCAGAGUAGAAGGUGGACUUGAGCUCAGGAGAGCAAGGAUUUGAGGUGCUGCCCUGCUUCAGGAAGGCGACCAUCCCCCAGGGCUAACAGGAGGCACAGGUGUCCAGGCCCCAGGGCCCUUCAUUGGAUGAAUCCGAAGUGUUCCUCACAUUCUUUCACAGAGGUCCUUGAAGGAGUAAAGAAUAUUAUCAGAGAAUUAUAGAAAAGAAGACUGGAUCAAGCAAGUUAAGCAAUGGCUGGUGAUUCUAGGAACGCGAUGAACCAGGACAUGGAGAUCGCAGUCACCCCCCGAGACUCCAAGAAGAUCCCCAAACAGGCCCGCGACGACGCGCCCCUGUCCACGGACCGCACGCGCCUGCUGGCGGAGGGCAAGAAGCCGCGCCAGCGCUACAUGGAGAAGAGCGGCAAGUGCAACGUGCACCACGGCAACGUGCAGGAGCCCUACCGCUACCUGAGCGACCUCUUCACCACGCUGGUGGACCUCAAGUGGCGCUUCAACCUGCUGGUCUUCACCAUGGUCUACACCGCCACCUGGCUGUUCUUCGGCUUCAUCUGGUGGCUCAUCGCCUACAUCCGAGGCGAUCUGGACCACGUGGGUGACCACGAGUGGAUCCCCUGCGUGGAGAACCUCAGCGGCUUCGUGUCUGCCUUCCUGUUCUCCAUCGAGACCGAAACCACCAUCGGGUACGGCUUCAGGGUCAUCACGGAGAAGUGUCCCGAGGGCAUCGUGCUGCUCCUGGUGCAGGCCAUCCUGGGCUCCAUCGUCAACGCCUUCAUGGUGGGCUGCAUGUUCGUCAAGAUCAGCCAGCCCAAGAAGAGGGCAGAGACCCUCAUGUUCUCCAACCACGCCGUCAUCUCCAUGCGCGACGAGAAGCUGUGCCUCAUGUUCCGCGUGGGCGACCUCCGCAACUCACACAUCGUGGAGGCGUCCAUCCGGGCCAAGCUCAUCAAGUCGCGGCAGACCAAAGAGGGGGAGUUCAUCCCCCUGAACCAGACGGACAUCAACGUGGGCUUCGACACCGGCGACGACCGGCUCUUCCUGGUGUCCCCGCUCAUUAUCUCCCACGAGAUCAACGAGAAGAGCCCCUUCUGGGAGAUGUCGCGGGCCCAGCUGCACCAGGAGGAGUUCGAGGUGGUGGUCAUCCUAGAAGGGAUGGUGGAAGCAACCGGCAUGACUUGUCAAGCCCGAAGCUCUUACAUGGACACAGAGGUACUCUGGGGUCACCGAUUUACGCCAGUCCUCACCUUGGAAAAGGGCUUCUAUGAAGUGGACUACAACACCUUCCAUGACACCUAUGAGACCAACACACCCAGCUGUUGUGCCAAGGAGCUGGCAGAAAUGAAGCGGGAAGGCCAGCUCCUCCAGUGCCUACCCAGCCCUCCCUUGCCCGGGGGCUGUGCUCAGACCGGGCAGGAUGUGGAGGCUGAGCAGGAUAAAGAGGAUGAGCCUGAUGGCUUGCAUGGGUCCUGGAAGACCAGGGGCUCAGUGUGAGGACUGUGUUUUCUCCUCAGCCUCCCUUCACUGGCUUCCCUGUGCACAGGUACUGCGGAGCCCAGAAGGGAGUAGGGGAGUCAGCUGCGGGUGUGUUUGGAGGCUCAGGAGCUGUCAGGGCCUUGUGGGGAGGAACCACAUAUCUAGGCCUCACACCUCACAACUUACGGCUUCCUCAAGCAAGUGGCCUCCUGUCUGGUCUCUGGCCAGUACCUCGUCCUCUCCCAGCAUGGCUUAGAGCCAGGCCAGGACUGAGUUCCCACAAUGAAAGUCACAGGGUGGCAUCUGUCAGCUGACCGCAGGUCACCUCCCUCCCUGGGUCUGACAGUCCUCUCCAUGACUAACACCUAGAGAGGGCUGUCAGCCCCACCCCUGUCCUCAGGGAAGAGGGGUCUGGUGUGAAGACAGCUCACAGCCAUGGGGGGUCAGGUUCCCCUUUGUGGGAAGUGUCCCUGAGCUCAAGGCCCAUUCAUCUCUUACCAUCAUCUUCUGCCAACCUCCUGUUGUCGCCAAUCUCACAUUCUGUAGGUUCUGUGUGUCCACUGUGACCUCCUGGACAGUUGACCUCCUUAGCGUGGACACUACUGAGCCACUGAGCACCUCUGAGGACACACACAGUGGCCAUCGCGUCCACUCCCAUUCACACUGUGCCCUUCACCUUCCACCGAGGAAGAGCCUCAGCAGCUGGGGUUCUUAUACGCCUUUUUGGCCCAAGAACCUCCAAGUGCUUCUAAGGAUCACUGCAGUUUUCUUUCACAGUCUCAGAGAGCCUGUGACGUGGUCCUGGGGUGAAGCUGAGCUUCAGAGGCCAGCCGAACAGGGAGAGGCAGAGAGGGAAGAGAAGCAGAGAGAAAGGAAAGCAACAAACAUUGUAAAAUAAACUCGCUUUUUACCAAAAAUUGUAAAAUAAACCCGGUUGUUACUCCCAACCCAGGUCUCAGCACACCUUGGCCUUUAAGGUAAAGAGGAGACAGGGAAGCAGAAGUGACAGAUGCCCAUAGGGGCCGCCUCCCCUUCAAGCCUCUGAGUCUUGAGCUGGUGCUGAGGAAGCCUGGCACCUCACUCCCGCAGCCUGGCAGGAAGGAUAAGGGCAGGGCUGCCUCUCCCCACACUGGAAAUGGGAAGCUGAGGCAGUAAGUGGAGAACAGAAGAAGGGAGUAAAUGCCAGGGGAAAGGGGGUAGAGAGGAGCCUUACGGUGAGCAGCUUCAGAGACUUCUCCAUUCCAGAGGGCGGAUGGUGCAGACUGGCAGGUCCCGGAAGCUUGUGUUAAGAAAGACAGGCUUGCCUGAACUUGCCAGCAGAGCUCACUUGUUCCCAGACACAGAAUUCUGCAGAACCUGGCUCCAGACUGGCCUGCGAUUGUGGAUUCCUUCCCCAAACCACCGCAGUGAAACACAAGGGAAAGGCAGACCAGGAGAACAAACAACUUGCAGACCUCAGGCCCAGUUCCCCUCUGUCUGGGCUUCCUAGGUCCUAGGCUGGUGAGAGGAAAGUGCCCUGGUUAGGAACCCUAUCUUGUGGGCUCCUCAUACUGGUGGGGGGGGGAGGGUCAUUAUUCUUGGCACUAUCGCUGGAAACCUUGAGAAGUAGCCUAGGACAGUGGUAGCCACGCAGGAGCCUACUGUCAGGGCAGGCUGCAGGUUGUGGUGGCUGGCAUCUGUAUUCAGGUAUUUGGCAAAGCAAGUCUGCAGGGACUGAGGAAAGGGCUGCAGCCCUCAACCAAAGAAACAAACCCCCAGGGGGCUGUACUCCAGCGGGUGAGCUACCUGCAGCAGCAGUCUAGGGGAGGGGCCCCACUGAGCCAGGAUGCCUGGUAGGGGGAGGGGCUGCCAUCUGAUCUCCCCGGUGAAGCUAGCACUUGCCCUGGCUCCCCAGAGCACAGUCUUACACAGGACUCUUUCCACAUCCCUCGUGGACCCCUGUUGGAUGUGGAUUCUUGCUCCGCAGUGGUGCUUGCUCUCAGAAUACAGCCCACACUGAGGUGGCUAGACAGGAGGGCUGUCACAGAGGAAGCUGGCUUGUGGCUAAGCAGUGGCUUGGCUCCUGUUUCACAUCUGUGUCCACUUACAGUUCUGAAAUACCCCCAGUUGGCCAAAUGGAUCUCUCUCUAGUUCUCCACUGCUUUGUCAAUAGCCUCUAUAAGCCAGGGCCAAGUCCUACCGUUCCACUAACUCCAGACGGUUCAGAAGCUGUUACAGACAAGAUCAGUACAGUCCUGUCCUAAAGCUCCCCAGUAGGCCAGAGUCCAUGUACGCUGGAAUCAUGAAAUACUAAUCCCGCUGUGCUCAUGAUGGAAACCACAUCAUGGCAACCUAAAUGUAAGAAGACUGUCCUACACAUCCCAAGGAAAAUUUCCUCAAGGUAUUUUCUAGACAUUCUUGAAUAAAUGUAGACUUAUUAAAUACAAAGGCUGAGAUGGCCAGCAUUUCAGUGGCUGAUUUCCACAUCACUGUUUCACACACAUGGUCCUUCUUGCUGGCUCUGAGCCCACCCUACCACUGAUGGGCCACAGAGGAUGGAGCCAGGCUGUGAGAGAGGGUCACUGGUGAUUCUCUCAGACCUCAGCAUCUCCAGAAUCCCAAAGUGACAGCUCACCUGCUGUACUCUGAAAACCUAAGAGCUGAAUCCCUGCCUUCAUGCUCAUGUCCUUCCUCUCUGGGGACAUCUCCUAUAGGGACGAGUCCAAGGCAGUUCAGAAGCAGAUAAGCUUCCACUGCCUCUCCUCUCUCACCAUGUUGACUCCUUUGCCCACAGGAUCCUCCUCCCCAGCCAGGGCAGGAAAAGCUUUGCCCAUCCUUCCCUUGUCAGGAGCUGCUGCCACUUGCCCUCUCCCAGUCAGACCCUCCCACCCUAUGGGUCCAACAGCUGACCUGGAUGGAUGGAGGAGAAGAACCCCUGCUGUCUGUGCAGCACCUUCCCUGCUGGGCCCCCACUCCAGGCCCCACCCAUGGCCUGCCUUCCAGUCCACCUCAACCUGCAGCUUGUGUAAGGUCUGACCCACCGACACUUAAAUCAUCCCUAUUAAGUUACCAAAAAUCAAAAUAUAUUGCCCACUGUCCCAGAAAUGUUUCCCUCUGUGUGCCACUGACUGAGCAGGACAGCGGCUGAGGCUUAUACCAGAGACUCAGAACACCACAGAGGACCUCAAUGACUUACUAACAAGCCGGCAGGGUCUCAGAGAGGUUCCCUGGUUUGCUUAAGACAGCAGGUAAAAGGCAGGAUAUGGGUGCCAAGCACCUCCUAAGCACGCCCUGUGGGGUGCCCUGGAGACACACUCAUGGGCUCAGGCCAUAGGAACGUCCCGCCUCUCCGUGGUAGCCGUGGACAUAUGUGCCAUCACCAACAGUGUUCUCCCGUGGGAGGACAAACAGGAAGCACCUUUUCCUUUCCCUCCUCUUUAAUUUUUUAUUUUUAUUAGUACAUAGUUGAGGUAAAUUGUGGGAAACACAUUUUCCUGAGUCCCAGAGAACUGAUGAGCUGCAAAAAAAGAUUAAAGACUGGGCGGGAAACCACUGCUUUCCAGGAGAAGCCACUCCACUCUGCUGGCGUGGUUUUUGCUAACGACAUCUCUUUAAACUGAUGUGUUAAACCUUUGUUG